CCAGAGUAGGGUUUUCCGGUGUUAUUUUCACUAAGUAUUUUUAUCUAUAGCUGGGUAUUUAAACACUCUUACGGGAAGUCACAGAGAGAGAGAGAGAGAAAGAGUGAUAGGAAGAGAAUGGUGUAAAGGGACAGAGAGAAUCAGAGAGUCAUUAAUAUGGAGAGAGAGGGGGGUAAAGAAGAAAUGGGGAAAGUAAUGAGAGAAAAAGGGAUAGAUGGUGAGAGAGAGAUAGGAAGAGGGGAAAAGAAAUAGAGAGAAAUUAUCAUUAAUAGAGAAAUGAGAGAGCCUCAACGAGAGAGAAAAAAAGGUCACAGAGAGUGUGAAAAUAGAAUUUAAUAACUUUAAAUCCCAAGGAUCUAGUGACAUUCUAGUCUAUCCGAGAAAAUAUGUCACUAGAGAGAGAGAGACAGACAGACAGACAAGACAGAGAGAGUGUGAUCGUUGUUUAGUUAGUGUCUAAUCUCUCCCUGUGAUUUGAGAACAAAGUGCGACACUAGGUAUCACUGCUCGUCACCAGAUAACUCUGACCUCUCGGCCACACUAAAGGUUCAAAACAAAACAUUAUCCCUGUCCUAAGACAUAGCAAGAUAGAUAACAAGGCUACUUUUACCGAUUGUCCCAGGCUCGUUAGUGUGUGGAGUCUCUUUGACAUACUUAUAUCUAAAGAUCACAAUGCGACCUUCUAUCAGACCGACACAGUACCACUUUGUCUUGAGAGCUGUAAAUAACUCUGUAAAGCGAGUUUCGCUAUAACAUUGCUGUGUGGUUACCAACUGGAGUACUUCUUUUGUCUCUCUAGUUUAUUGUCAUUCAUUCCUAGACGUGCUGGCUUGACUUUAAUUAAAGGCUGAUGUGAUAGACCCGCAUAGUUCACAUCUCUAACAUGGACUGAGACUUUUGGAAUCUGUUGGAUAGAAUGGACCGUGACAAUACUCAAUGUGUAAAUUAUGUUUCAUUUACCUCCGGUGUUUAAUUUUGCUCUCCUAGAUUAUAAAUACAUCUUAAUUUAAGAAAGUCAGGGGCACGAUAUCCAGUCCAGUGGACUUGAGUUGCCGAACUUGUGGAGUUACUUUUCUACUUUCUUGUCAUCAGAUUGUAGUGAUACUUUUUUUUUUUUUUUAUUUAAGUUAAAAGUUUUUUUUUUUGUUUUUUUUCCUUGGAUCUUGGCCUGUGUGUUUUUGUUGUGUCUACAUGUAGAUCUAUUCAUCCUGUAUUAGUGCGUCUAUGUAUCAGUGUGUGUGUGUUCUCCUGUCCACUUGAGUUGCUGUGUCUUAUGUCGAUGCAUACAUACGUCAGUCUGUGGUGAACACUUACACCGUCCAGUACCAGGCUACCAGUACAUUGUGACGUCCACAUUCUUCUGUCAGGACUGGAACAGUACAUUUUGUUACAUCUGUGUGUAUUUCCUUGAGAUCGCGAUACAUCUACAUCUCGUCCGGUUAACACGAGCCAGUGACUCAAAAAAAAAAAUGCCCAAGAAAGGCAACAAAAAAUGGCAGCAUCCCCCAGAAGCAUUACUGAGUGGACAUAUCUUGUAUACAGUGAAGUUUUUAGGAGAGUGUGCUGUUGAUGUCCCCAAAGGAACUGAAAUUGUGAAAGAUGCUAUCAGAAAAAUGAAGUUUAACAAACACAUCAAAAGAGCAGAGGGUCAGAAGCCCCCUAAAGUAGAACUGAUCAUAUCUGCAGAUGCUGUGACCAUUCUAGAGCCAAAACAGAAAAUGAUCCUGUAUCAGUAUCCAUUGCAUCGAAUCUCCUACUGUGCAGAUGACAAGUCAGACAAGAGAAUGUUGACUUUCAUUGCUAAAGAGGCCAAUGGGAACCAACAUUACUGCUAUGUUUUUCACAGCGACAAAUGUGCAGAAGAAAUAACUUUGACCAUUGGGCAGGCUUUUGACCUGGCUUACAAACGAUUUAUUGAGACCUGCGCCACUGACGGGGAUAUAAGGAAACAGUUUCUGAUGCUACAAAAGAAGGUCCAAACUCUACAGUAUGAGAAUGAAACAUUACGCAAACGAGUGGAAGAUCUGGAGAAGUUAAAAGACCAGAGUGAGGUGGAGGAGUAUAAAAGAACUAAUGAGAUCACUGACUUACAGAGUGUUGGUCUGAAGCUGAGGGAAAGUUCUACAGAUGAUGACAUUAAUGUUAAGCCUACUGGUCAUGUGACAGUAGUUGGCAGGAGGCUAGAGAAUCUAGUGCUCAAUUCACCUUUAACAAACACAAGAAGACAUGCGUCAUUAGGGUCAACAGGACAGUAUACUCCCAUAUUAAGUCCUCCCCCAAGUAACACUAGGUCAAACAGAGCCAACAGUUUGAGAUCCUCCACUAGUUCUGCCAGCUCCACCUCACCUACUCACACAAGUCAAGUAAACAUUGAUCCAUUUGGAAUGGAAGUUUUCAACCCAAGAUCUGAUCCUGACCUUGCAGACAUUCAGGCAGGAUUCAGUCGAGGUUUGUCAUUUGGAACUGAUGACUUCACACUGGACCAGCUGGACCCAUUGAAGUUCUAACCCUCUGUGAUUCACUUUGUUGUUCGCACUGACCACAACCUCUCUGUACAUUACAUAAGAUCACAAACUCUCUGUGCAUUCACAACCUUGGUGUGCAUUACAUCAGAUUUUUUCAAAAAGAAAUUACAUGUAGAGAAUGUACCAAAAGAAAAAUAUUUUACAUUUUCUGUCAAUCAGGAAGCUAAAACCACUGUGACAUUUUUAAAUGUUUUGCUGUUCUCCAAUAAAUGUUAUUUAUAAUAUCGCUAUUUAUUAUUUGUAAUAUUGUAACUGUGGAGCAAUGCUAAAAACGAUUCAUCAAGAUGUUAUUCUAGUGUUAACAAAGGCAUUAACCUGUAAUAAGGGAGAGAAUGCAUGAUGUCAUACAACUUUUAAAUUAUACUGGUUAAUGCCCUUUUGAACAAAAAAAUCUGCCUUUGCAAUAAUUUUGUUCUUAAAAAUAUUUUAUAUAUCACAGGGACUAACUUUCUAUGCAUUUAUAUUGUUAUACACUAAAUGUUGUUUUGUUUUCAACUGGAUUUAUAUGCAUAUUUGACGUUACAUAAUAUGCUUGUAUGCUUAAUAACAGAGAUAAUGUAGAUCAGUGAUGCCCAACCUUCUACAGCCCUCGGGCCAAAUAAAUUGCCCACACUCUUGUCGCGGGCCACAUCAUUGCCAAAAUGGAAAAGCAAUAGAGCAGACGACAUUUUGAUUAGAAACAAGUUGUAUCCAACAUUAAUUCUAUAGCAAUCAGUAGGAUGUUCCAAACUUCUGAAUGACAGGCUGCAAUGCAAAUACUCCAUUGAAACAGAUAUACUUUAUGUAUUCUGUAAAAAAAAAAAUCUAGCUAUUUUUCUAUUUAUUGUGUUCACUCAAAGCCAAGUUUUUGUUCAGCAGUCCCAUUUAUUCAACACUCAAAUGUUGACCAGCAAGCUACCAAUCACUUUGCUACCAAAAGAAGUCAACUAAAAAUGGCAAGGACACGGUUUGGUUAUUUUUUUUUAAUCAUAAAUUUUAUAUUCCCAUUUAUUGUAUUGUGGAGAGAAGUUCUGAAGGGCUGGUUAGACCUGCAUCAUGGGCCGGAUGUGGCCCGUGGGCCGGAUGUGGCCUGUGGGCCGUAUUUUGGUCAUCACUGAUGUAGAUAAAAUCAUUCCAAUUUAAGACACUUCAUUACCUAACCUGCAUUUGCCCCAUAGAUGUUCAUGCCACAGACUAGACAUUGAUGAAAGUUAUAUUGAUAUUUGUAUUGCAAAAUUUUUUUUUUAUGAUUAUCUCCUAGUCAGAAUGUAAAAGUGAAUUUUUGAACCACAGUUGUGGUUAAGAUAUUGAUGUAUUUUAUUUUAAAAUUGGUCAUAGGGAAAGUAAUGUGUCAACACCCCCCUCCCUCCCUGCCAUUUUCACAUUACCUUCCUGUUUUUUUUUAUUUAUUUUUUUCUCUAUUAAUUAUAAGUUUCUCAUCCAAGGUCUCAAUGCCCUAACUGCAGGUUAAGUUUACCCAAUUCAAAGGCCAGUAGAUUCCAAGUGUGUUGUGUGCUUCAUCAAGUCACCAGCCACCUUUUUUUUUGUUGUUGUACUCAUUUCAGAUAUUCCUUCAGAAUUGAAGAUUAUGACAUCCUAGCCAGGGCUUGUCCUACAGAUUGCGGGGCCCUGUGGGUAAUGGAUAGCGCAUGGCCUAGUCUGGGUUAGGAAAAAGGAUAACAAGUUAAAAUAAAGAAUUUUUGUUACAAAAUAAAUUCAUCAUUGCGUUUUAUUCAAACUUGACUAAGUGAAAAAUCAUGAUCAAAUUUAAUUAUGAGCCAUCUGCAAUAGAAGGUAGUUUUCCAACAAAAAGCCGAUAAAUAUUAACAACUGCCUUUUAUAUUUACUAUCGACUAGCAAAAUUUAGCUUUUGAUUUUUUUUUAUACGAGAUCAAGAUAGAUUUAGAUCAAUAUUUACAUGCCACUGACUAUUACAGUAAAUUAACUAUUGAAACUUCCUGUUUUGGUUUAAAUUCGCCUUAUUAUUUUUAUUAAAUGAAAGUUGACAAUGCCUUACGCGAUUAGGAUUGGCGUUUACCAUUUUAAUGUCAAUUUUGUCUUCUUUUUUUUUCAGGACAUUUUUAAUAAUGUAAUAAUUUAAGAUUUUCAUGACUUUUUUUUCGUAUACACAAAAACCCCUGUUAUAAGUUAUAAUGGUUUGAUUUAAUAAUUUACUAGUGUUAGUGCUGGGCCUAUGAAAGUGCAGUGCCCACUGCGGCCGCAUAGGUUGCAGUGCCCUAAGGUUGGCCCUGAUCCUAGCCCAUACCAUCUCCCUCAAAGCGGUGGGAGAUGGUGAUAGCAGGGUUUGAACUUGGGACCAUUGAGAGGCAUAGCCAGGCAAUAACUAAUCCUAGUUCCUAACUCUAGUGUCAAUCACUUCAAAUUAUUUAUAAGUGAUUAAGCUCAUGGAAAUUGUCUAAGUUUAUUAUCUCAUGUCUGCCUGUGGACUCAUUAAUCAGCUUCCACUAGGUGUCUUAGCUCUGAGCAAGUCUUUCCAACUGUCCUCACAUCUUGCCCAUGUGCAAAUCUUGGCACCUCGUAGUUCUGAGCCAUCCUCUAUUCCUCUUAAUUGAGGGUUCCAUGUCAGGACAUGUUUUGUGAAGUUUGAAAUCCUGAGUUUCUCAUCAGGAACUGAAAUCUUAAGAUUAGUACUACAGUUUGGACCGAUUCAUUCUUAGUUUUCUGAGUAAUUGUCUCCCCUCCCUUUCCAUUCCCUGCUCCUUUGUUCUAUCAGAUGAAAACCACAACUUGAACUAGAUUAGCACCACUAGUCAUGUGUGUGUGUGAAUGUAGUGAGUGUUUGUAUUUACUUCCUGCUUGGAUUGUAAAAUGUUUGACUAGUUUUGUAUGUUCCUUUAGAGUUGAAGAUAAUGUCCCGGUACUUCCUAGUCCAAACUUCCUGCAGGACAACAAAGGGAUUUUAUUCGUCUGAUCAAAAGAUUUACAAUGAAAGCUCUUGAACUGAUUGUCAUUCCAAAGAUUUGUAUUUUUUUUUGUUUUGUUUUAUAUUUGACUUAUUGUCCCCAAGUCUUGUAUGUACUGAUGGCCUACUUUAUGUAUGUACACAUUUUGAUUUAAAAAAUUAUUCCUGAGGAAUAUUCAAAACUUGUGGCUCAUGCAUUUCUUCUGAUUGAUGAUUGUUAUCUAGUGGUCAUCAAUUUGAAAGGCAUUGUCUUAGCUCUUGUGUCUUUUUAUGGUGCGAGUGCACCUAAGUAAGAGGUCAGGCUGACUUCAUUGCUACCAUGAUUUUUCUUCCUGCUUGAUGUAAGCGUGACUUGUUCCUAGUCAGCCAACUGUCUUGUAUCAGAUGUCUGAAUGAUCUCCAGAUGUGACAUGACUUCUGCACUGGCCUUAAAAUAUCCUCUAGGUUCUGUGGUCAUCUGUAAAGGAAAGAAGAGAAUGGACAUUAAUCUGAGUGGUUGGGAAGGUCUUCCUGUAUGGUUAUUGAACUGUCUCAGUCAGUGCACCAAGCCAUGAGCCUCAUUUGUCUCUUCAUAAUGAACAAUGUCAUUUUGUAACAGGAGGAGGAUUUUUUGUGUGUCCCAGCCUACUGCCCAUUCAUCUGAGUUGUUUAGCAAUCAGUCACAUGGCUUUUGGGGUUAUUGGUGUGCAAAUGUUUCAUUUCCUUCAACACAAACGCACCUAUGCAGCGCAAUGCUUUGAUUCUGACCACAUCUGACAAUGUCACUUGUCUAAUAGAUAUUUAUUUAAAUGUCUUGUAUUCACAUGUUAAAACUACACAUUAUUAUGAACUAUAUAAUGAAAUAAAACAAAUAUUGUUUUUCAAUAUAA